AGUUAUUUCAAAAUAAGCAGCAAUAUGAUAGCCUUAGCUAUGAGAGAGAAUGAAGGGAUAUCUUCUGUUUAUAAAAGAUACGCACAGAGGGCAGCCUUGUGGAUGGCCCCGGAGCAGGCCAGAUGGAACAGGAUAGAACCAGCAAUGUUGAUGGCAAUAGAUUGAGUCCAUAUCUAAUACCACAUCCUUCUCAAGUUUGCCAAGUGGAGCCUUUGUCAGUGAAGUUCCAGAAUGGAAGUCCAUUAGCAGAAAAGCCACAUCUUGAAGUAAAUGGGGACCAUAAGUGGCUACUUUUUAAGAGCAGCUGUGGAAUACCACAUGUGAAGGGAAAUCCAAAUAAUCGAGUCAGCCCUGACCUUCUACAGGAAAAGAGAAUAUAUUCCAAGUAUAUGCAAAAUGGUGGGAUAAAACGCACUUUUAGCGAGCCUUCUCUUUAUGGACUUCAUCAGAGCAAGAAAAUUAAACAGGAUGAAGAGGUAAAUGGAGAAAAAGAUGAGCCAGGAGAAAACAAUGAAAAACCAAGUGUCUCUGAAUCCUGCAGUGAGAAGGAAUCUUUGAGUUUUACAGAAAAAGAAAAUGCAGCUUCAGAUUUUAUACAGUCUUCAAGAUACAGCUAUGCUGGUUCAGAAAAUCCUCAUGAUCUUCAGCAGAAUGAAAAGGAGAGGGAAAACGUUAAUUGCCACAACAGGGACAUUGUCUUACUACUUAAGAACAAGGCAGUGCCAAUACCUAAUGGUGCUACAGUUUCUGCCUCUUCCAUGGAAAGCAUGCAUGAUGAACUCCUGGAGAAAACACUGUCACAAUAUUAUCCAGAUCAUGUUUCCAUUGCAAUGCAGAAAAAUACAUCUCAAAUAAAUGCCAUUACCAGUCAGGCUACUAAUGAGUUGUCCUAUGAGACAACACAUUCAUCCCAUACCUCAGGGCAGAUCACCUCCCCACAGACCUCAAAUUCAGAGCUGCCUCAAGUGCCAGCUGUAGUGGUUGCUGAGGUCUACAAUACAGAAGACUCCAGUAAACCACAUGUAUUGCCAGGUAGCUAUUCACUUCAGAAACCAGAACUACAGCUACAGCAACAAAAUCCAGUCUGUGAUACACCCCAGGUUCCUGUACGGAACAGGACUGUUCAUGGAAAUAUGGGGCAGGUACCCAGCCAGGAUCUCUCUCCAAGUUCCAGCAGUAAACUGCAAGCUCAGGACAACACCCUGGAGGGGUUCCCAGAGCAAGCAGAAAAAAAUGGUGCUUUGUUUAAACAAAACUCAAUGUUUAAUAAUGAUUCUUUCACUCCUCCUGCUCCUAUUCCUCCUUUUCCGCUUCCUGUUCCUCCUCCUCCUGAUCCAGAAAUGAAGAGAGCACUACCCAUUGGGGUUACAGAAGGGUAUAAUCCCUAUGACAAUAGAAAGGCUGAAGCUCUUCCUAGGGAAGAGAAGUGCAAAGGGCAGCAGGAAGGACUGAUGUCAGAAAGUCCUGGCCUUGCCCAGCAACAACCUAACCCUCAACAGAGGCUUCCUCAGAAGCCUCAGGUGACACAGCAAGAUGGUAGUGAAAGCGAUCUGGCAACUGCUAUGAUGGCAUCAUUCCAACAGUGCCCAGAAGACAUGAAGCCAACAUCUGAAUCUUGUGUCCAAGAUUUGCAAGUGCGUGGAAGUGAUGGAGAGUUGCAGCAACACUAUCAGCAUUUCCUGGGAGAAAGAGAACCUGAGCCCUCUUCUCAGAAAGAAAAGGGCCAGGUGAAAGAUCCUGUGCAGCAGACAAAACAUUAUCCCAAACCAGGUUGGAUAGAAUUGAUUUCCACCCAUUUUCACCAUGGAGAGUCUCUACAGAAGCCCAGUGAGGCACUGUUGAGGUCAGUUCUUCAGUUACGGUCAAAUCCACCUGAAUCAGCACACUCAAAGCAGUGUACUGGGAGUCCUGAUGCAUUAAAAGUGCCUUCAGGACAGUCCCACAGCCAGAAAAUAAUCCAACCUGAACAAAUGCCUCUUCCAUACAAAAGCGAGACAGCACAACUGCAACUUCUCCCUAUGGCUGACCAGCGACUUCAGUUCCAAAAGUGCUCACCCCAACCACAGCUCACAAAGAUGGAUCCUCUGCCAAAAUCCCACAUGCAGCACCACCAGUCACAACAGCUUCAUUUUCAGCCAAGACCAGAAGAAACUGAGCAGCCUUUGGGGUCUCACUUAAAACAGCAGCACUUGAAUCCCCAGACAUUGGAGAAUGAGCAGUUCUUACAUUCACAUAUUUUAAAGCAGAUGCUGCAAAAACAGACGCAGCACACACGACUGUCACGGAGUCCACAGCUAACUCCAAACCAGCAGCAGCAGCAAGCCUUGCAAAUGAAGAAUAAAGAACUGUCUCAAACUAUUUCCCAUUCCCAAAGCAACAACGAACAGCAAAUUGUUGGAACAUCCUUUAGCCAGAUUAAACUGGAAGAAUGUUUUCAUGCUGAGAAUAAAUAUAUCAAAUCAACUGAGUUCCCACAUACUAACUCCCAGCUGGGAUUAGAGCAGGUACAAAAUGUGAACAGUAAAUCUUCCCUUUGUGAUCAGAUUUUAAAAACAAAUGUUAAUCCGCAGCAUCCUUGCCCAAACAAUGUACACUUGACCUCAAAAAAGGAAGACGCCAUAAAUGUUGAACACUUCAGUAUAAGCAAAAUGCAGGACUUGCAACAUAUGCAGUAUUUUCCAAAUAGUCUGACCCCAAAACAAGAUGUGAAUCAUUGCAUUCAAGAACAAGAGCAACAGACUCAGCAGGCUUCAGUUAGACAACUACCACUCCAACACAUACCAGGAUAUGGUGCUGGCCUGAAUCAAGGUAUGUCUAGCCAGCAAGCCACACAGAUUCAGCAAAGGUACUUACCACAUAGUCAGCAAACUCCCUCACACUCACAAGAGCAGAGAGGUUGUCACCUUCAGCCUCAACCCCAUAAAGAUUUUCAAAAGCAUGCUGCUCUUCGGUGGCUUCUCUUACAAAAGCAGGAACAGCAAGGACAACAGCUGCCCAAAACUGAAUUAGGUCCCAGUGUGGUACGCAAGCCCAUAAAAGUUGAGGCUGGCUCAAAGUCUAACAUGGGCAUGCGUGCAUUAACUGGACAGCUGGAAAACAAAACAUGGAAGAAAACAAUUAAACAAGAGAAUCAGCACUUUGGUUGUGAGAAUAUGCAACAAAAGAGUAUCAUUGAGACAAUGGAACAGCAGGUAAAACAGUUUCAGGUCAAAUCACUGUUCGAUCACAAAGCUCUUACUAUCAAAUCACCUAAGCAUGUGAAGGUUGAAACAGCAGGCCCUAUCACUAUCCUAUCAAGAAAUACUAGCGCUGCGGAAUUUGACAGUCAGACUCCAACCUUUGAUCAUCAAGCAAAUCCUUCUGCCGAAAGAACCCCAACCAAAAGAACAGCUGGUACUGUUCUCAACAAUUUUUUAGACUCACCUUCCAAGUUAUUGGAUACUCCUGUAAAAAAUUUAUUGGACACACCUGCCAAAACCCAAUAUGAUUUCCCAUCAUGCAGUUGUGUUGAACAAAUUAUUGAAAAAGAUGAAGGUCCUUUCUAUACUCAUCUAGGAGCCGGUCCUAAUGUGGCAGCUAUUAGAGAGAUCAUGGAAGAAAGAUUUGGACAGAAAGGUAAAGCUGUAAGGAUUGAGAGGGUCAUCUAUACUGGGAAAGAAGGCAAAAGUUCUCAGGGAUGUCCUAUUGCUAAAUGGGUAGUUCGUAGAAGUAGUGAUGAAGAAAAGCUGCUUUGUUUGGUGCGGGAGCGAGCUGGCCAUACCUGUGAAACAGCAGUGAUAGUGAUCCUCAUCCUGGUAUGGGAGGGGAUUCCUGUGAGCCUAGCAGAUAAGUUGUAUUCCGAACUCACCGACACUCUGCGGAAAUAUGGCACACUUACAAAUCGGCGGUGUGCCCUCAACGAAGAACGGACUUGUGCAUGUCAAGGGCUGGACCCUGAAUCUUGUGGUGCUUCUUUUUCCUUUGGUUGCUCCUGGAGUAUGUAUUACAAUGGAUGUAAAUUUGCCAGAAGCAAGAUCCCAAGGAAGUUUAAACUUAUAGGGGAUGAUCCAAAAGAGGAAGAAAAACUGGAGUCCAAUUUACAAAACCUGUCAACACUGAUGGCACCUACCUACAAGAAACUCGCACCUGAUGCAUACAACAACCAGAUUGAGUAUGAACACAGAGCACCAGAGUGCCGUCUGGGUUUAAAAGAAGGUCGUCCAUUCUCAGGGGUCACUGCCUGCCUGGAUUUUUGUGCUCAUGCUCACAGAGACUUGCACAAUAUGCAGAAUGGAAGUACACUGGUAUGCACACUAACUAGAGAAGACAAUCGUGUAAUUGGCCAAACUCCAGAAGAUGAGCAGCUGCAUGUACUCCCAUUAUACAAAGUCUCUGAUAUAGAUGAGUUUGGAAGCACUGAGGGCCAGGAGGAAAAAAAGAGGAAUGGCAGCAUCCAAGUCCUCAACUCCUUUCGGAGGAAAGUGAGGAUGCUGGCAGAGCCUGUUAAGACAUGCCGGCAAAAGAAGCUAGAAGCCAAGAAAGCAGCAGCAGAAAAGCUUUCCUCCUUGGAAAAUGGCUCUAACAAAACUGAAAGAGACAAGUCUUCUGCUGCACGCCACAAACAAGCCAAUUUGGAGGCUGCCAGUCAAGCAAAACAGCUAGCAGAUCUUUUACGUCUUUCAGGACCAGCCAUGCAACAACAGCAGCAGCAGCAUCUACAACAUACUCUCUCUAAUAACCCCCAGUCAAAUCCUAUUAACUCUUACUCGGGUUCAGGUCCGGCAAAUCUUUAUAUGAGGCUGCCUAACCCAGCUAAUUCUUAUCCAAGUUCAACAUAUACGUCAGAUCCCUACGGAGGGUCUAACCCCAUGAACCUUUAUACAACCUCGUCACAGCCUGCAGGGUCUUAUUUGAAUUCUUCCAACCCCAUGAACCCUUAUUCAGGAUCACUAAAUCAAAAUAACCAAUAUCCAUCUUACCAAUGCAAUGGAAACAUGCCUGUGGACAAUUGCCCCUCUUACUUGGGUUCCUAUCCACCACAACCUCAGCACAUGGACUUGUAUAGGUAUCAGAGCCAAGAUCCUCUAUCUAAACUAAGUCUACCACCUAUUCAUACACUAUACCAGCAUAGGUUUGGGAAUAACCAGAAUUUUGGUCCCAAAUACUUGAAUUAUGGAAACCAAAAUAUGCAGGUAGACUCUUUCAAUAAUUGCGCCAUUAGACCAAAGGUGCAUCAUGUAGGGUCUUUUUCCCCUUAUCCCACCCAUGAGGCUGAUAGCCAUUUUAUGGAUGUUGCCUCAAGAUUAAAAUCUAAUCUCAGUAAUCCAAGCAUGGAUUAUGCUUCCAUGAAUAAAAAUGGUGAACAUCAAUUACAGCUGCCUUCACAUUUAGCACAUGACUACCAUUCUGCUUCAAAUAUGUUUAAUGGUCCUCCUAAUUCACUGCAUCUCCAAAAUAAGGAUAGUGAAAUGACUUCACACACAGCUAACGGCAUGUCUAACAUGCUUCCAGGUCAAAAUCAUGAUAGGACUACUCCCCAAGGUGGUUUAGAUAAAAUUGAUGUGCUGAUUCCAGAAAAAGCAGAGGACCCUGAUGACAUCUGGUCAGAUAAUGAGCAGAGCUUUCUGGACCCAGAUAUUGGAGGAGUGGCAGUUGCUCCAUCUCAUGGCUCAAUUCUCAUUGAAUGCGCAAAACGUGAGCUCCAUGCAACAACCCCCUUGAAAAAUCCCAACAGGAACCAUCCUACUAGGAUAUCACUUGUCUUCUACCAGCAUAAGAGCAUGAAUGAGCCAAAACAUGGUCUGGCUCUGUGGGAGGCAAAGAUGGCCGAGAAGGCAAGAGAAAAAGAAGAGGAGUGUGAGAAAUAUGGUCCAGACUAUGUGCCUCAGAAAUCUUACGGCAAAAAAGCAAAGCGGGAGCCUACUGAAUCACAUGAACCCUCAGAACCAACAUACGUGCGUUUUAUCCAGUCUCUCGCACAAAGGACUAUGUCAGUCACCACAAACUCCACAGUAACUACAUCUCCAUAUGCCUUUACACGGGUUACAGGGCCUUACAACAGAUAUAUAUAACUUCACACCUAUGUUGGUUACCUCAUUUUAAAAAGCAGCUUGUCAGUAGGGUAGUUCUUGUUUAGGUUGUGGGGUGGGUGGGGGAGGGAAAAAAGCAGUAUUUUUGUUAAAGUUGUCAGUGGAGAAACCUCAGCACACCAGCAAAAAGAGGUGAUCUUACCACCGCACUUAUUUUCCACUGACUUCUAAGUGGUCACAGAUGGCAUGAGGGAAAUAAGACCAAAGCAUCCUAUGCAAAAAAAAAAAA